GGUUCACAUUGGUAGCACAACAAGGUGCAGGGGCCAGGGGGUGUUCCAUACUAAACAUGAAUGAAUGGAAAGACGUCCCAUCGAGCAAAAGACCUCACUCUACGACAAGCUUAGGAAGACGGAAGAUUCCUUAAAACCAAAGAGCUGGAUUCAACAAAUAGUGGGUCUGAACAGAACUCUCACUAGACAGGAAAAGGAUGCCCAUGAUUGACAGAUAAUCAUGCUCCUUGAACAUGUAGUCACAAGUUUCAUCUCUAGGUUGGUGUAUAUAAAAGAGUAUCUGUUGGAAGAAGUCGACUCUUUAAAUGAAUAUCACCCCCGAAUUCACCUUAAGAAAGACUGGCAAAGGAGGGUGGAUUUGGAUUUGUAAUUGCAAUUGCUCGGAAGUGAUAGACACGUAGAGAAAGACAUUGGAUAACAAAACAAAAGCAAGCCAAGUUGCCUUCAGCUAAAAGCUUUCCUCAACCACUAAAUAUUUUACAAUUUACUUGUCAUUGUCAUAAUAUUUUAUGUCCCUAUCAGAAUCCGAUUGACUAUUUAGACACACACACAUUCCCUGUGUUUUUGUGUUUCACUUUCACAUUUUCAAAUUCCAUUCUAGAUCUACUUCAUCAUGCACUUGUUUAAGCUGCAGGAGGACUUUAAUUUGGGUAUUAUAUCCAGAAUUUUGUGUUUUUCCAAUUAAAUUUGACUAAAAGAUCACAGAUAGUAGCUUUCCACUUUAUCAUGGCGAGAAGAUCUCCUCCUCGGGUUAGCCAAACGUACGAGACAGGUUGUACGUGGCGAAUGUUAAGAAUCUUCAAUUUUCGUGAAGGUAAUUCUGACAGAAGAUUGGUUUCCAAUAGGAGGCUGAAUGCUCAUGCUAAUGGAAAUGGAAAUUCUAGAAGUAGAUCAGAUGUGCUUAGCACAUUUGAUGAGAAGUACCUUCAAAUUGGUGUAAGUUCCAGAAGAAGAAGAGAUUAUAGUUGUAAAAGUAUCAGCGGCAUAGAGAAUGAACAGGUAGCAGAUUGGAGAGAAGAAGUAACAAAGAUGAUUGUUGACCCGAGAUUUGUGAAUAAAAAUUAUCAGGGAAAAGAUGGGGCAGACUGUGAGCCUAAUCAGUUCUUGGAUGCUUUACAGAUUUUAUUUUCAAACAAGGAGCUUUUCAUAAAACUUUUGCAAGAUCCCAACUCUUUGUUAGUAAAACAGAUUCAUGACUUACAAAGUACUCAAGUGAAAGAACCAUAUCAGCAGGCAAGGCAAAAAAUGAUGACUAAAUUAAAAAAGCCUCAAGAUGGUAAUGCUACACAAUGUGUAAAACCUUUUAAGCCCUUUGAUAGAUCUGAUUUGAGGUUAAGUGUUAAGCCUCAGUCCUCCAACAGAAUAGUAGUUUUGAAGCCUGGCACUGUUAAUGUGGAAACAAGCUUUGCUAGUCCUCCCCAUUCGCCUGAUAGCUUCAGAUCUCAUGCACAAAAUAUUAUGCCUUCAUAUUUUCCCUUUAGUUGCAUAAAGAGAAAAUUGAAGCAUGUCAUGAGAGUAAGGAGACAAGAACAGCAGUGGAGGACAGAUGAUGAAAUGUCAAGUAAAUUUUCCUGCAGUUCCCAGGGCUUGGAAGAUGGUCAAAAAGUAAAACAAUUGGAAAUUGCUGAGAGAAAUUCACCAAUUAAUGCCCAUCCUAAUGCUGGAAAAAGGUUGAAUUCAUAUCUUGAUCUGAAGAAGAGGGACAAUAUUAUCAAGUUGGAGGAUUCUGAGUUAUGUAUGGGGCUGGAAACUGCUUCAUUUGGUGAAAGUCGUAGUAAGAACUCAUACAAUACUUCAGUUGGCCAUUCUGAGGAAAAUAUACAUGUUGAAGGUAGGAAAGGCCCAUCUCAGAUGUUAAACUGUGGAAGUGAGGAAUGUGAACAGUGCACAAACUCUCUAGGGAGAUCAAUUCCUCGUCCUGACUCUUUGUACUUGCCAAGCAUGCAUAGGUACUGCAAGCACAGUUCCAUUACUGAAAGGAUGAGACAUUACAGCAACUAUCAAAUGGUCCACAGAACCAGGUUGGGGCUUCCAAAAGAAGGGGAAAAUGGCUCCUAUAACUUUUUGGAACCGAAAAUCAAGGAUUCACCAUUGGCCAUUGUUAACAUGCAUACUGAUAAGUUGCAACUUUUUGGUGAAGAUAUUAGAAUCAGAAAUAGCGUUCCUGGCGACAGUCUAUUUGCACAUUAUGAUAUUCCUAGAGAACCAGAUGGCAGAUACAGGGACAGCCCUACUAGGAACAUAGACAUGAAUGAUAUAACCGGAGGAAGUAGAUCGUUUCUGGAUUUGCAUCCAGAGAUCCAGACUUUUCCUUUUUCACAAGAUGUUAUUUCAUCCCGUCAGAGAACAGAUGAUUAUGUAAACAUGGGAAACAAAGUUGAACACACCAGUGCUGAAUCUGUUGUUCAGCAAUUUACUAAGGAUGAUGUUACCAACCCACAAAUCACCACCUUUCAACAAGAUGAGUCACCGAUACAAGUAAUGCAAGACAAAUUUGAAGAGAGCCAUUUUGAAGACCUUAUAAGACUCUCUUUGGAUCCAAUGAACAAUUUAACCUUCUCCAAGGACAUCUUACACAAUGUAAGAGAAAUUCUGCAUGCUCUCAGCUUAAAAUGGGAUGAACUUACUCUGAAGAGAUCAUGUGACCAAUUGUUGGAUCCAUCCACCUUUGUUGAACUGAAGGAACUAACUAGCCAACUUUCUGGUGGUAGAAUCUUGCAUGACUGUGUCAUCGAAAUUUUCAUGCAGGUAUAUCAGAACUGUGGAUUCCCACCUCAUGUUUCAACAAAAAAUCCAAAUGUCCAAGCAUAUGUUGUGAAGAAACUUCUGGUUAAAGAGAUUACAGAACUAGUUAAGUUGCACUUUCACCCUCGUCCAUCACCUUUAACGUUAGAACAACUUGCUGAAAAGGACUUGGCAAGACGUGGUUCGUGGCUAAAUAUCCAAGUUGUUACAGAAGAUAUUGCAAUAGAGGUGGAGAAAGAUGUUCUUGAAAAAAUGGUAUUGGAAAUUGCAUCUGAGAUGGAUGUCAGAAGUAUGUCUACUUAUUACUCGUGGGAUGAUAAAGCACUAUGGAAAGAUUAUCAAGCUACCAUUUUCUGAAUAAAUCAUAAAUUUGGUCCAGGCAUUACGCUUCCUAAAUUACACUUGUAUCAGUACAACAUGAUUUUUUAUACACAACAAUAUGAAAUUUUCAUUUUCUCAUUAUUUUUUGUUCGUGUACAAUGACAAUAAUAAAGUUUGAAUUUAAAUUCUCAUGCAAACUAACUAAAUUCUCCGUUA